CUUUUAUCUGAUAAGGAACUGCGGAAUUGAUUAAACGAAGAUAUAAAGGAGCCGAUAGUUUAUUUUUAUAAUGAGUCGAAGCAUUCACUGUAAAACCGUUGAAAUGAAGGCUACAUUUUGGAAUAUAUUUACUUUCAUAAUUUUGCUACAACAUGCGUCAUCAUACGCAAACCGCAUUGAGCCACAAAAUACCCGUCACAGAGCUAUAAUUGUGGGGGCUGGCCUUGCGGGAUAUUCUGCAGCAGCCAAAUUACUUGAGAAUGAAUUCGAUGACAUAUUAGUACUUGAAGCUGAAAAUCGGACCGGAGGACGAGUCCACACUGUUCCAUUACAUGGCGAUCGCAUCGAUAUGGGAGCACAAUGGCUACAUGGGCAGGGAGGAAAUAUAAUUUACGAAAUGAUCGGGACAAAUUUUACGUUCGGUGAUAGUACAUUUGAGAACGCAACAUACUAUUUUUCCCAAUCGAAUGGAGUUCCCGAAAAUCAAAAUCAAAUUAAUCAAUUGGCGUUGUUGUCGGAAGAAAUCAUGGAUGUCGUCUAUGACCCGAACUACUUUGGUACUUUCGGAAGUUUUUUCGUUAAUAGAUAUUGGGCCCAAUUGAGGGCAACUGCAUAUAAUUCCAUUCCAUGGAGACUAUGCUUGCAAGUACAAAACUUCUUUCACACUUAUAUUAACAACUAUUUUGGGACGGAAAGUUGGUUUGAUAUAUCAAUUGAGGUCUAUUCCACGCAUAAUGACACGACGGGCAGUCAGUGGGUCACGUGGAGAAAUGAAGGAUUUUCAACGGUUUUUGAAUUCUUAUCUCGAAAACGUCCAGAUCCAGCUUAUCAUUUAGAUGUGGAAAGCAAAAUAUUGUUAAACAAGGAAGUCGAAAAUAUCGAUUGGGAUGGAGAUGUCAUAAAUUUGCACUGCACCGACGAUACUACAUAUUCCGCAGAUUACGUAAUAUUUACUGGGUCCCUUGGCGUUUUAAAGCACCGGCAUGACACACUCUUUACUCCAGAAUUGCCCGAUCGUAAAAUUUCGGCUAUAGAACAUAGUGAAUAUGGAUCUCUUGAAAAGAUAUUCCUGGAAUUCUCUGCACCAUUUUGGGACACUAGCGAAAAUUUUGCUCAGUUUUCAAUUCUCUGGACGCAAGAAGAUGUAAUGGAAUUACUAGGAACACCACAGGAAUGGUUAAUCAAUAUUGCUUACUUUCGACGAGUCGACGCAUUCCCGAAUCUUCUAGGAACGUUCUUUAUCGGAGCAAGAAUACCCGACUUUGAUUCAUUCAAUGAGACGAGAAUAAUUACUGAUUGUCAGUGGUUGCUUUCAAGAAUAACGAGACAAACCGUUCCACAGCCGAUAAACGUUUUACGAAGCGAUUGGAUAACUCAGAGAAAUUUUCGAGGAUCUUAUUCGGUCUUUACAAUGAACUCUGCGCACCAUGGAGCUAGCCCGUCUGUAUUAGCCGAACCAGUGCACGAUUCAAAUGGAAGACCAAGAAUAUUUUUCGCCGGAGAGCACACAAGCGCUGAAUUUUCAGGGUAUUCUAAUGGAGCUGUCGAAACCGGCUACAGGGCUGCUGAAGAGGUUUUAGAACGACCUAGCAGCGGUACUAAAAUUACGUCACAGUAUCCAAUUCUCUUGAUUUUUGUGGUAUACUUUGUUAAGUAUUUGGCACUUUGAUCGUCAGGUGCUGUGAGCUUUUAAAUUUAGUGAAGCGUUUAGAUUGAACUUGAGGUACCCAUGAGAAACUUAUCAUCAGUUAUUGAUAGUAACGACCUGCAAUUAUUGUGACAUUAUAAAGCAACAUGUGUGUAAAAACGAAUUAAGUAAAACAUUUUGUAUCAAA